AUGGGUGUCCUCGGGGCGCUGCUCGGGGGGGUUCUGGUGGCCGCGGCCGUCGCUGAGCCCGGCGUCCCGGUGGUCUCGGUGUUCCCGGCGCGUCCGCCGUCCCCGGGAGAAGCCACCACCCUGGUGUGCCUGCUGGAGAACAUCUUCCAUCCCAUUUUUUGGUCCAUUUUUCCCAUUUUUUGGUCCAUUAUUCCCAUUUUUUGGUCAUUUUUUCCCAUUUUUCCCAUUUCCCUCGCAGGCAUCCCGGUGGUCUCGGUGUUCCCGGCGCGUCCGCCGUCCCCGGGAGAAGCCACCACCCUGGUGUGCCUGCUGGAGAACAUCUUCCAUCCCAUUUUUUGGUCCAUUUUUCCCAUUUUUUGGUCCAUUAUUCCCAUUUUUUGGUCAUUUUUUCCCAUUUUUCCCAUUUCCCUCGCAGGCAUCCCGGUGGUCUCGGUGUUCCCGGCGCGUCCGCCGUCCCCGGGAGAAGCCACCACCCUGGUGUGCCUGCUGGAGAACGUCUUCCCGCCGGCGCUGACCGUCGGCUGGACGCUGGCCGGAGCCGCGGUCACUCGCGGGGUCACUUCGGGUCCCUUCGUCCCCGACGCCGACCUCACCUUCGUCCGCUUUUCCCGAAUUUCUGUCACCCCCCGGCCCGGGGACGUCGUCGCCUGCGUGGUCACCGCGGACGGGGACAACGCCACCGUGGUGGCCUACUGGGUGGCUCCGGACGCGGCGCUGGACGAGCAGCUGGACACGGCGUUGGCCGGAGCCGCGCUGGCCUUGGGGCUGAUCCUGGCCCUGCUGGGGGCCGGCCUGGCCCUGCUGGCUCGCAGGAACCCGCACGGCUGAGCUCAUCCCCACGGGAAUCUGGGAGUUAAGCCCUGCCUGUCCGAAAUAAAUCCAGGCUUUGGCAGA